AUGUGUGUUGAAGGUGUUUGCUGUAGAGAUUUCAGCAUCAGUCUGCCGGAGAAGAUUGAAGCUCUCAGUGGAUCCUGUGUGAUCAUAAAGUGCACAUUUGAGAUUGAAGAUGAAUAUAACAAAGGCCUCUCUGAGAGUAAUGCUACAGGAUUGUGGUUCAAAGAUGGAACUGAUAAGAAUAUCAAUCAAGUGUUUAACUCCAGUGAUCCCAAACCUGAUCACUUUAAAGGGGAAAUAACUGGAAAACUAGAUGAGAACAACUGCACCACUAUCUUUUAUAAUGUUAAUUCAAAUCACGCUGGUAAAUAUUACUUCAGGAUUGAGAGUGUUGGUGCUCUGAAAUACACCUACACUGAAAAAGAAAACAUCUCCACUAUAAAUGUCAUUGAGUCUCCCCCCAAACCCACAGUGAAGCUGUAUGUGGUUCAGGAUCAGGAGGAGGUGUUGGAGGGGAGCUCUGUGAGUCUGCGCUGCUCUGCUGAGACUCUCUGCUCCUCUCCUCCACCAACUCUCACAUGGAGCUCCACUCCCAGAAUCCCCCUCAGUGAGAGCAGCAGACAACAGGAGCUCAUCUCUGAUCUGAACUUCACUGCUGCUCACCGUCACCACAGAGUCACUUUCACCUGCACUAUAACCUACCAGAUACUGGACAAGAACAAAAUGGCACAUGACAGCAUCACAUUACAUGUUCAGUAUGCUCCUAAAAUCUCUUCCUCCUCCAACUGUAACAGUGGGAAUGUAUUAGUGUAUGUCUGUGAGGUUGAUGGGAAUCCCUCUCCUGAACUGGAGUGGCAUCUGUCUGGACGUCCUGUCACUAACUCUUCAGACACGUUCAUCAGUGAAGAGCGAUUGAGCAGCACAGUCUUGAGGAGCUUCAUCACUCUACAUCAGUCACUCACAAACACAUCUCUGCAGUGUGUAGGCAACAACACUCGUGGCACUGCAAGAAAACUGUUUCAAGUGCCUCCCCCUGUUUCAUUUUCUCUAAAUUUAAAACUCCUUUGUUCUUCUUUAGGGUUAAAUCUUCCCUCUGUGAUGAUUGGGGUUGCUGUUACGGCUUUGGUAUUUGUGAUGUCCUGUGCCAUUACCUGUAUCUGUGUACGAAAAGUGAAUGGGAAACUUCUGCAGACUACACAAGAAGGUGCUGGGAGAAAUGGACACAAUACAGAUGAAGCCCUUCCACACGAGAAUCAAGGCGACUCUGUUUAUGUCAUGAUGUCUUCUGCUGAAGCCACCACAGAAAAUCUAGAAUCGCUCAUUUAUUCCUCCACUGAUUUCAAAAGCUGUAAACCAGAGUCACAAGAGAUCACGGGCAUCUCCUCACUUCAUGCCAACUACGCUGUGGUCAAACAUUGUUCUGGAGGAGUGUCAAAGGCAGAGAGCUCAAUGGGAGAGUCUUCAAGAGCGAUAGAGGCACUGGUGAUUGUGAGUGCAGAUGGAGUUACUAAACAAACAGAGUCAAGGGAUUCAGAGGAAGAGCUGUUUGCAGAUUCCUCUCAGCUUUACGGAAAGGUUAAGCGUCUUAAGCCAUAGAGAACUGGAGAUUUUGCCAUUUGUUUUCUCCUAAAAAUUUCUGAUAUAUGUAAACAAUGGAAUUUUUUAACAUUAAGCCCCACUAUUUCUAACACAUAACACGCCUUUAAGUUCAUCAGCGAUUUUGCUGAUGGGUUGUGAAAUGUGGUUAUAAACAAACAAGCGAACUGAUGACUGUUAAAGGCAGUGGAGUGUAGACUUCAGCAGGAGAAUAAGAAUA